AUGUCGGCCGAACCUGAGAACCCGCCAAAUGGCGAAGCUGAUGCUCGCGAUCCCUCUGGAUUUUUGAGUGAGAUCAUUGGAGCUCCUGUGACUGUGAAGCUCAAUUCGGGAGUCGUCUACAAAGGCGAGCUUCAAUCUGUCGAUGGAUACAUGAACAUUGCUCUCGAGGACACCAAAGAAUUCGUGGAUGGCAAGCUGAGGCGGAAUUACGGUGAUGCUUUUGUGAGAGGCAACAAUGUCAUGUACAUUUCGGCAGAUGCAGCGCAAUGA